UAAUAACUACAACAACACCUUACGAUCAACAAAACAAUGAUUUUAUUAGUGAACAACCAGUGACAUUAUAAACACUCGAAAUGCGUGUGCCCGAAGUGAGGAAAUGUUGCCUCUGCAUCCCUUUACGACCAGGGAUAAUAUUGUGCGGGUACGUCAAUAUUGCGUUUUCCCUACUCGCACUGUCAUGUCUCGUGAUCACUGUGGAGCUGAAGAAGCAGUCGGUGACACACGACGCGUCCAUAGAGGCGAUCACGUCCACGGUGCUCUUCUGCAUUCUGGGCAUGAGCGUGCUGUUGAAUGUCAUGCUGCUUGUGGCUGGUUUUCAGAAAGACAUCCCGAUGCUCCGGUUGUACAACUACUUCGCGCUGGGGACCACAUUCGCCAUGCUGACGUCCGCACUGGUGCUGCUUUUCAGGCUGCAGUACGUUGAGUGGUGGGCAGCUUUCGGCGCUAUAGCAAUGCAAUGCUACGUCAUAGUGCUGGUGAGGAGUGAGGUGAUCCGGCUAGAGAUGAAACUGUGCAACCGACAAACAGCUCAGGCGAACACCGACCAAUCCGACCAUGUCAUCGAUGUUCCUGACACUGACACUUUAGUGUAGCUUAGUUAAUCUAGUGUUUAGUUUUUUACAAUAAAAUAGUGAUCAUUGAAAAUAAUUCAUUAUUUAUUUAAUAGUUAGGUAUGUUAACUUAUCGAAAAUUUGUUGAUAAAAUCUUAAAAUAAAAUGGCUUGUAUAACACGAAUUCUA